UAGAGCUCAGUCCUCGUGUGGGCUGCACACACACCCUCAGCUCCUACUCCCGGAUCACAGCGAGAUCAGCCUACAGCACAAACCCCCUGCAAGACAGAAAUUCAAGGGACAGCCRCAGAACAAAACUAGGGAGAAGCACCAACUUGACGAACUAGAGCCCAUCAUCUGCCUGGGCCGCGGAGGAGCAGGGAGCAGCCAACCCCAGGGAGCCGGGAGAGCCAUGCCGGACUCCUUCGCCAUCCACUUCCUCAAGGUGCUCCGGGAGCUGCUGGCCUUCGUGCUGUUCAGCUACACGGUGCUGCUCGGGGCGCUGCUGCUCGCUGGCUGGACCACCUAUUUCCUGGUGCUUAAAUGAGAGCUCUGCUCCUGCCCCUGCUCCUGCUGCCACGGGCUUUCCAGAGGUGCAGCUCCGCACACGCGAUGGAUGCCCCUUCCCCCUGCGCCAAACCUGCAAGAGYUCUGUGCUGCUACGGCCUCAUCACAGGCUUAUUUUCCUAUGUAAAAAUAAUAAAAGUUAAAAGGAAAGGUAUCCACGCGCAUGCACUUUACAGAUCCUUGUGGCUCUCGCAGAUUCUUUGUGUCUCCUGGAUGUUUUUUUCUGUCCCCUGAACUAUUUAAAAGCCUCCCAGCAGUUUUCUCCUGAGAUUCCCACUCUGCCGAGCGCAGCACUGGGGACUGCAGGGAUGCAACAGCACUCCAACAUCACAAUAAACAAGUCCU